AUGUUACAUAACACAUCUUCUUUAUCCGAAAUUACCUGUCCUAAGCUAGGAACACGGGGCCCUGAUGCACCUUUCUAUCGUUGGUUAGCACUUGGCUAUGUUUUUUUAUUUAUUCUUGCUUUAACUGCUAAUUUAUGUGUUCUUUUCAAAUUAUUCCAUUAUUCUCGACGUCGUUUUCGUGAUCAUAUACUUUUAUUAAAUUUAUGCGCCGCUGAUUUAUUCGUAACAAUUGUUUAUAUUCCAAGUGAAAUUUAUGCUUAUACUAUUGGUCGUUGGCAUAAUGAUGAAAUAUGUAAAACGAUUGCUGCACUUAAAGGUCUUGGCAUCUAUGUAUCAUCAUGUACAAUAAUUGGUAUAUCACUUGAUCGUUAUUUAUCGAUUGUACAUCCGUUGACCGUAUAUCAAUCAAAUAUACGAAAUAAAUUAUUUGUUGUUGGUUCAUGGUUAAUAUCUGCAGUAGCAUGUAUACCACAACGAUUAACAAAUGAAGAAUUAUGUCGUGAAAUAUGUGGAGAUAUACUCUCAGACGAUCCAGCAAAACGUUUGGCUUAUAAUAUAGCUGUUGCUAUAUUUGCAUAUAUAGCACCCUUAAUAGCUAUAUUUUAUGCUUAUUUUCGUAUUCUCUAUGUUUUACAAAAGCGAUGCGAUCGACGAACAUUUCGAUUUGUUAAAGGUCAUAAUGUUAGUACACGUAGUUAUGAUGUCGAUCAAUCAAAUUAUCUAUUAAAGUCAAGUACAACAAAAAGUUUUUCCCAUGAAAGAGGACGAGGAGGAACUGGAAGAUCACCUGGACAAUCUGUAGUACAACAAGAAAUCAAUACACAUAAUAUGACAACAAUAACACGAGCAAAAUUAAAAACAUUAAAAUUAACUGUUGUAAUUGUCAUUUGUUUUAUUCUUUGUUGGACACCUUAUUAUUGUAUCGUCUUUUUUCUUCUUAUAACUGAUGCUCGUAUUGAUCAUGAGAACUUAUCAAAUCAAACUACAAAUUUUACACUAACUACACCUUUAAAUAUAUCAAUUUAUAAUGAACCAUCACGUGAUGAACGUUCGCUUCUUAUUGUUAUGAUGCUUGCUGUAUCGAAUUCAGUUUUAGAUCCAUUAUUAUAUGGUAAUUAUCCAUAUGUGUAUAUAACUCGAACUGAUAUAACAAUAUUAAAACGUACUCCGGGUGUUGUAGGUGGUGAUAAAGAAUCAAAAUUAACAACAAUACGAACAAACCUUAAAAAUGAUAAUAAUGCUCAACGUGAUGCAGCUGUUGAAUGUCAGCUUUAG